GUGCCCUCAUACAAGAAGAACAAAGGGCCUUACCACAAACAGAUGCACCAUUUUUAGCAAAUAGCCAUAAACGGGAAGCCUGACCACACGACCUGCACAAAACACAGUGCAAUGGAUGAGCUCGUCUACCCCGCCUCAUCAUGCAGCUCUCCCUCCCCCACCUCCUUCUCCGCGGCCGGCCACUUUGAGGAGCUGGAGUUCGUGUCCUGGGAUGUCCCGGAGGAAUGGAUGGAGGGCAACGAUUGGUUCGACGAGCCCUUGGCGGAUGGAGACGAGGGCUGCCGCUCGGCGGGCAACGGCGACCUGUCCGGAUCCGGCGAACCGCCGGCGCCGGCGCCUGCGCCGAAGCGGCGUGGCCGGAAGCCUGGGCCCCGGACCAACGGCCCCACUAUCAGCCACGUGGAGGCCGAGCGGCAGCGGCGGGACAAGCUCAACCGCCGCUUCUGCGAGCUCAGGGCAGCCGUGCCCACGGUGUCCAGGAUGGACAGGGCGUCCCUCCUCGCGGCCGCCGCCGCCUACAUCGGCGAGCUGCGCGACCGCGUCGAGCAGCUCGAGGCCGAGGCCAAGCAGGCAGCCUCCGCCGCUGUCACCACCGCGGCGGCGGCGGCGGCCACCCACCACCACCACUCGUUCGGUCUCCUCCAGGGGAAGCUGGGGCUGGAGGUGCGGAUGCUCGCCGGGCUGGACGCGGCGGCGCUGCGCCUGACGACGACCACGGCGCGCCACGCGCCGGCGCACCUCAUGCUCGCGCUCCGGUCGCUGGACCUGCAGGUGCAGCACGCGUGCGUGUGCAGGGUGAACGGCGUGGCCGUGCAGGAUGCCGUCGUCGACGUGCCCGCCGGGCUGCGCGACGAGCGCGGCCUGCGCGCUGCGUUGCUCCACAAGCUGCAGCAGAGCGGCUAGCUAGCUAUAGCCCUCGUCGCCGGCCGGCCGGAAUAAACGCUUGAGCUGGAUCACUCUCCGUCUCCGUCGAUCGCCGC